AUGAGCCCACGCCGUUAUUGUCAACAUGGCUGCAUUCCAGCCAGUCUUUGGACUCAAGAAGAACAAGCGCCACAGGGCUGGGUCAGAAUAAUAACAAAACACUGGUUUUGGUGGACGACAGUACGGCAUGGUGCCAAGAUCCAGUUCUUUCGGAGGUCUUGUGCCGUCUGCCACGCACUGAUGUCGUCAAGAAACGCGGAAGCGAUGCUCACGAGUCGAACAUGA